AUGCCGUGGCGGAUCGCGGUGAUCGCGCUCGGCCUCGAGCUCGGCGGGGCCCACGUGACGCGAGCUGGGCGGGGAAGGACGUCUCCCUGCAGGGUGGGCAGCGAAGGGAGGACGAGUAGAAGUCAAAGGCAAGUGCGGAGCAGAUCCAAUCAAACCCACACGCUGAGUUCGACCGGAACGAUCCCCUACUGCCGCUGCGACUUCUCGUUCGCUUCGGCUUCGCAGACGCAAUGCGAGACGGGCACCGGAGAUCGAUGUGAGGAUCGCAGUGACAUCGAUCGGGUCCGUUGUUUUGAGGAAGGCCGUUUGUGUGAGGCAAACUUUGGGUGCAUCGCCUUGCCCAGAUAUGCAGACCUCGACUCCGCAUGCAAGGAGGCGACAACAGCAGAAGCUUGUUUGGAGCAGGAGGCGUGCCACUAUGUGCCGCCGAGCUUGAAGUAUAGGAUGGCUUGCAAGAGCAGAGGUCUCUAUGCCAGCUCGCCGGAUGCCAAUGACCGGUGCGACAGUUUCACUGCCCAGGGUAAGAGAACGUGCAACGAUCAAUGUCUUUGUCACUGGACCAUGGACGAAGAGACAGCAUCGACCUGCAAAAACAAUGGCAUCUACCUUGGCUGCGUUGGUGUGGAUGAGGCACUGAACAAAUCAUGUGGGAUCUACAACAGUGCUGCCACCUGUCAAGCUGAGCCAUGUGGCCUAUGCCAAUGGGAAGGCCGGUGCCAAUGCCCAGCUGAAUUCUUCGGUGAGGAUUGUGGGAGAGAGCUGGUGCAGUUUACCGACCGUGGUGGCUCAUGCGUUUCGCACGGCGACUCUUCUGCUUGUAAAGGCCUAGUGGUUGCUGCCUCCUCGCAGGAUCAGCAUUUGUGCACUGAUGCUCAAGACUGCAGCACUUGGAGGAGACUGAAGAACUUCCUAGGGCAAAUGCGUGAAGUGGAGGUUGGCCAAUUGAUUGUGGAUAGCAUAGUGGCAUUGCUUACAGGAUUCUUCAUGGCAUGUGGCUGCGAAAAAGAUCUCCCCAAGAAUCAGGGAUUCUUUUGGGCCAUUGGUGUGAGCUUCAUCACAGACUUGUUCAUGGAAGGCUUUGUGCUUGGCUAUGCAGGGGAUACUGAUGGGGCCUUGACGGAGGUCAUAGCGGCCAUGUGUUUUUCACCCGGCAGUGAUGCUUUUGGCUGGCUGGUGAAAUUGCAAGAUGCCUUGGAGAGAAGCAGAAUUCUUGUGAUCAUUCAGAUGAUCAUUUCCUUGCUGGGCCUUGCUUCCAACCUUUGUGCGAUCUCUGGGCUCUUGGGGUUUUGUGCCAAGCCCUUGGAGUCAAGCUCAUCUUGGCUGACGAGAGGUUGCAUUAUACUGGUCCUUCUAACACCUUGGCUGGAAAUCCUUUUGGGCACCUGGAACCUAUGGCAGAACACUGAGUCUGUCUUCAUCACCAUCGUUGGAGACCUUGAGCACAGUGUUUUGGGUCUCAGGUCUAUGACCCUUGGGUAUGCAUGCUACAGCAGGCAUCCAGAUUUGCCCGAAACCACUGCCUCAGGCGUGGGCUGGCCAGAUCCUGUUUGCAACAUCGUGCUGCCCACCAUGUUCAUUUUGGUGUCCUUCCUCCUUGCCGCCAUACUCACACGGUACAUGAGCACUUAUGGAAUGCCACACUUUCUCACUCAUGAGCCGUGCAGAACACAGGUGUGCUGCUGCAACCUUCUCCUUCGGCGGAUCUGGUGGAAGACUCCCGUGGCACCGGCACCAUCCCCACCGCCCCCACCUGCAGACGUCGAGGCCGUGGAGGUUGAAGUGAGGCUCGCACCACCUGAAAGCCUGGAGAUCGUCAGCGCACCCUGCCAACCUAACACCAUGGUGCCCAUGGUGAUUACAGAUGGAACACCUUGCGACAGCCGUGUGGAGGUGCUUCUGGGCGAACUGCCGCAAGUUGAGCGGCCCAGAAGCACCGGGCCUUUGGUGCCAAGGGCGUGCGAGGAGAGUACGCCAAAUGUUUGGGCACUUGGCCCAGCUGUGAGUAGCUCUUCUCGCCCAUCUCGGCUGCAGUCUGGCAGAGUUGAGCCCAUUGGCCUGGUUGAGCCUGAAAUGGAGGACACUCUGCAAGCCGCACGCGAGCGAAUUACCAAGCGACUCGCCGAGCGACAAAGACUUCAGGCAGCGGCCAGGCAAGCGACCUGCGACCUCGUGGAUGUGGCGACUCGGGAGAGGCUCGGCGGAGGCGAACAGAGACCCCCAAACUUGGCAGAGCUACUGGCGAUGGCUGAAGAGGUCGAUGGCGUCCGCCAAAAGGACAACGGCCCAGUCGGCCACGUCGAGCACAAUGCCGAACAGAGAGCGCCGGUCUCAAUGGGCCAGAUCACUUCGGCGUCAGCCUUGAUCACUCCGGAGAUUCCAAGGGGCCCUGUAGGUUGGUCACGAAUGCCUUGGCGUUUCGACCGGCGCUUCAGCUGCUUAACGGCGGAUGUGGGCAGCCAGGCAGACCUCUCCGUGUCCAAAGCCUCCGUGACGACCAGCAGCUCUGCGCCAACGGCAGAAGCUUGUUUGGAGCAAGAGGCCUGCCACUAUCGGCAGCCGAGCUUGACCUUCAGGAUGGCUUGCAAGAGCAAAGGCAUCUAUGCACACUCUCCAGAGGCGAAUGACAGGUUAGCCUUCGUUCUGAUCAAGUAUAGUUACAAGCAUGGGAAAAAGAAGGCUGAGAAGAAACAGGAUGACACGGAGAAGGAGGAUCAGAAGUUUUUGAGGACUCAGUACUUUUUGUUUGCCUGCUGCGUGAGCUUCCUGGUGGACUUGUUCCUGGAAGGUUUCUUGCUGUUUUACCUCCUGAAUGCCGCAUGGGUGGUGACGAAAUUGAGGGAGGCCAUGUGUUUUACACGCAACAGUGAUGCCGACGAUUGGCUGGCGGGCGUUACGAAGUCCUUGCACACCAGUGUUUGGUUGGUGAUCAUUCAGAUGUUCGUGGCCGUUGGGGGCGUUGGUGUGGAGCUGUACCAGAUCCAGGAUGAGAUCAAGCAGACUUUAGAGCCAGACUCUGAUCAAUUCAGGGACAAGGCUUGUUGCAGCUACAGCAUGCUCCUACUCUUGGUGUCCAUUGCCCUGCACUGGGUGGAGCUUUUUAUGACCCUCGCCAACUUCAUUCAAAGCACAGCGCCUUUCCUUGGGAUGAUUCACCGCAUUGAGCUCAGAGCCCUCCAAGAGAUGGCAGGCCAUGUUUGCUAUGUGAGGCACCCUAGCCUGCCGGAAACCAGUGCUACGGGAGUGGGCUGGCCGCACCCAGCCCGAGACAUCGUCCUUCCCUUCCUGGUGGUCUUCUUGUUCUUCCUUCUUGCAACUUUUCUUACGUGGUACACCAGCGAGCACGGGGUUCCUCAGUGGAGUUGCGCCAGAUUUCGCACUUCUGAUUGGUGGCAUCCAAAACCACCGCCGCCCCCACCACCUGCCCCAGCGGAAACUUUACAAAUAGAGGUGAUUGUGCCACCAUCGGUAUCAGCGGAGAUCGAAGUGAGCCCCCCCCGUAGGCUAGAGACCCUUGCUGCACCGGCCGACCAAGCAGAUUUGCCCGUGACACUCGUGACAGCCAAAGCAGAGGUUGAAGCUGCUGUGUGCAGCCAAGGUGCACAAGACCAAGGAACAAGUCCAAUACCAGAGCCUCCAAACACCAUGCUGGUGACUUUUUCCUGCACUCCAGACGCGCCCGACCUCAACCAGAUUGCUCCAGACUCGGAUGGGACUGAGCUGCGCCAGCUUGCAUGUGACAGCACCACGUCCUUCUUGGCGACCAGGCGUUUUUACAAGCUGGGCGGCUCCGACAGCGCAACAGGGCCGUUGAACCGCCCAGCGCAUGGCGAGCCACCGAUGUUGCCGCCGAUGUCGCGCCAACGUGCUCCCGUGAAGUUGGGCCUAGUCGUGGUGAACCUGCGAGCGGCAGCCCAGACCACGAUGGCCUUGGCCAUCACCUUCACAGUCCUCGUGGUGCUUGGCAUUGGCAUUUGUGCCUUGAUCGCUGCCGUCGGCGCAAGAAGACAGGCUGAUUGGGCACCUCGCAAGCUGGUGCGCUAUGGAGUGCGCAUCAUCUUCAUCUUCUGCAUUUGCAGCCUAUGCUGUUGGAUUGCCUUUGCUGCCUACAGCGCUGAGAUGAGCUGUGAAAGCUUAGCCACCCUGCAGCCAGACGUUUGCCCUGUAUGGUCCGUGGAAUCUACAGGUUUCAGUGCUGAGGAGUGCUGCGGAACCACCACCACGACCACGACGGAUUUGCACAUCGUGAUUGCCAGCAAUGUCACGACCACGACCGUGACCGUCACCACCACCAUCACGGCGACCAUGAUCCCCUACUGCGAAUGUCAGUCCGAAGCGCCGGAGGCACGUCUCCAGUGCGAGACGGGCGCUGGAGCAGUAUGUGACGCUAGCACUCAUCCAAGUGUUUGCUUCGACGAGCACCGAUUGUGUGAGGUGAUUGUCAGCAUGCGCUGCAUCACCCGACCGGAGUUUACAGCAGGCUCAGCAGACUGCUCGGGAUACCUGACACAAGCUACAUGUGAUGAACAGGCUGCGUGUUAUUAUCACGUUCCAAGUCUGAAGUUUCGGGCUGGUUGCAGAGGUGCAGGCGUCAAUCGGAAGAAUGCCCACGCCGAUGCAGUAUGCGGAGGUUACACGAAUCAUGGCAGAGAGAGGUGCAACAUUCAAGAAAUCUGUCACUGGACGGUGGAGCCAGAUUGGAAUAAACCUUGCAAGAACGAAGGGAUUCGUGUUGGAUGUGUCGGUGCCAAGAAGUCCUUGGACAGCGGGUGUGCCAUCUACGAUACUCAGUCUGAGUGCCAAUCACAGAGCUUGCUUGGAAUUUGUGAGUGGCCGAAGCUAUGCGAAUGCCCCACGGAGUACUUCGGCGAGGAGUGUGAGGAGGAACGGACGCAGUUCGAGCCGCAGAACGACACAUGUGUGGAGUUGGCCUCACAGCCAUGGGUGUGCAAAGGCUUAGUGAUUGCAUCCUCUAGGGAGGAUGCGCAGACCUUGUGUAGCGACAAGCAGGACUGCACGACGUGGAAGGAGCUUAAAGACACGGUGGGGCAGCUGCGUGCCAUCGACCUUGGCAGCAUCGUCCUGCAUGGCAUUGCUGUCCUGGCCACGAGCUUGUGCUUCCUCGUUGCCUUAGAGAGGUAUCAGAUCAAUCAGAUUCGUUGGUUCGAGGACAAGUCCGUUUGUUUGACUAUCUCCAUUUUGGCAAGCUUUGUGGUGGAUUUGGUCCUGGGAAUCGUGCGGCUGAUGGAUGUGAUAAGUCUUACAGGUGAUCCUCAUGACCCCGGGAUUCUGGAAGUGAUCGGCCAAGCCUUGUGCUUCUCGAACAAUAGCUCUGUCCUCACCAUCCUUGGCCUUCUCGCUGAUCACAGGUUAGCCUGGGCAAUCGCUCAACUGGCUCUGAGUGGCCUGAGCUUUCUUUUGGCCUGCUACACCGCCUGUCGGAAGGAUCCCACCGCGCCGGUGCAACUCACAGCGGUCGUCGAAUUUGCCACAGAAGCUUCCCCACCGCCGGUGUCCGCCGCGCCAGUGCCCGCGCCGAGCGCGGAGCCGCCGCCCGAGGCGGCGGAGGCUUCGGGUGCUGACGCGCCGCCACCGGCCACCGCUGCGGCAGCUGCGGUUGCGGUGGCUCAUGGGGGCACACCGAUGGAGCCAAUGUGGCGGAGGAGUUUGAGGUGCAUGCGUGGUGUCAUCACAAAUGAGCAGAGGCAAGCAUUUCGGGCUCAUUGGGAUGAACUUCUACUCUUGGGCCUCAGUUUUCUUCUCUUCGUCCUUGGCUUAUUCGUUUUCUUUCUGAACACCAACCAGAUCAUCAUCAUGAUCCAGCGCAUUGAAUUGGCAGCCUUGCAGUCUAAGCCAAUGAGUGAGGGCGACCUUUGCUACGUGAGGCAUCCUGACCUUCCGCAGACCAGCCCAGCUGGAGUGCCAUGGUAUUCUCAUCAUGUUCUUCUCCUUAUAGCGUUGCCAGCGUGUUUGAUGCUCCUCCUCUUCUCGCGCGCCGCGUGGGUCCUGUCUUUCCGCCGCUCCCUGAUCCGGACCAUACCGGGAGCUCCAGCGGAUCAGGAUGUAUGGAGGGCGGUGGUGAACCAUCAGGUGACUCGGUCCAUCGAGUCCUCAAUGAGGGAAGAGCAGAAUGCGGGCGCGGCGGCUGCGGCCGCGGCCGUGGCCUCGCAGGCGGUGGCCGACAGACAGGCGGCGCGGCGACGGGAGGCCGCCAGCGAUAUGAUCUUGGAGGUGCCUGAUAGCUCAAGUCCCAGUGGUCGCCCGGCGGUGCAUGUCCAACUGCUGCGCAUGCAAGCGAACCCUGGGCCCGCAAUGGCCCCCAUGCAGCCUGGCAUGAGGCCCAUGGAGCCUGGCAUGAGGCCCAUGGAUCCUGGCAUGAGCCCCAUGGAUCCUGGCAUGAGCCCCAUGCAGCUUGGCAUGAGCCCCAUGCAGCUUGGCAUGAGCCCCAUGCAGCCUGGCAUGAGCCAUUGGGGCAUGCCUGGACCACCACCACGACGGUGGUAG